AGCAGCUUUCCCUAGCAUACUCCAUAGUCUGUUGUAGACCAUUCCAUUACUCCUCGUUUGAUUGCCACAGCGCUGCCCAGUCGCGAGCUUGUACUCGUUCAUUUCCCAAAACCUUCCCCGAGAAAAUGUCGAAGCUCAGGCUUUUUGCAACCGCACUUGGAUCAAGAUUAACCGUUCGAACGGUUAGGGAAAAUCAUGGCAUCCCAUUACUUCUUUGCGAAUUGCCGAGAUGGUUCUCGACCGAAGCUGAGCAGCCGCCGCAGGACUCGGCGGUUGAUUCAUUUCUUCAAACCCCAGGCACAGGUUUGGUUUACGGGAGGUUGAUUGGAGUUACAAGGCAUACGCUGAAGACCGACAUUGUCAACAUGCUUGAAGGGUGCAAAUUGACUCUGGACGAUGUGAAGGUCGACUACAACCGGAGCUUUACGCCAGUUGGAAUGAUGGUGCAAUUUCCUUCGCGUAAUGCCUUUGACCAAGCUAUUAGGGUGAUUGGAAAGAAGGGUAGAUUGUACAAAUUGGAGAGGGCUGAUCGCUCGCAGUGGGAUCUUCUUAUACCAUAUAAUGGAAAAGCCGUCUUACUACAAGGAAUCCCACGAAAUGCCCUUCCAGAAGAUGUGGAGCGUUUCCUGACCGGUUGUGAAUACGAUGCAUCCUCAAUUGACAUGUUCCUAAGAGCUGGAUUCCCGGAUCCCAUAAGAAUGGCAACAGUAAAGUUUCCUUCACAGACUGAAGCAAUGAAUGCAUUUAUCAAGAAGAACAGGAGCUUCUGUCUCAAUAAUCAAAUCUUGCUGCGGGUUCUCCAGUAAUUGUUUUGGGUCCCUCCCUUGCCAUCCACAUAUCUGGUGGCCUUUUGGAAAAUUCCAUUUUAUAAGAAAAUUUUUCUAGGGCAUCUUGGAAUUCAGCUUUCAUGUUUUGGAAAAGCAUAUUAUCUCUUAUUAAUGUUUCAAUAAUUAGAGC